AUGGGAGGGAAUUAUGCAUUAGGUGUUUCAUUUGUUGAAACUAUAUUUAAUGGUUCAAAUUUAUCAUGUACAUAUGUAUUUUCAGAAAUUGGUGAUAGAUAUUUAAUUGAUCCAUCAGAAUCAACAUUAAGAUCAUUACUUGGUAAAGAUGGUUUAUCAUUUAAUAAAACACGUAAAAUUUUAUUAACAUCACUUGAUUGGAAAGAUAUUGGUGGUAUUUUUGGUAUAGGUUUAUCAUUUACAACAUUUCCAACCAACACUCAAAUAUAUGGACCACCUGGAAUUAAAAAACUAUUUAAAAUAUCAAGAUGUUUUCAAUAUAUUAAAAACCUUGAGAUUAUAGAGUUUUCAGAUAGUGAAAAUUAUAUGAUUGAGGAUGGAGUAUUCAAAGUUAUAGCAAUACCAUUCUUAACACCAGAACAUAGAAAACGACAACAAUUACAAAAACAAUUACAACAAUCACAUAAACCACAAAGACAACACCAAAAACGAAAGCAACAACAACAACAACAACAACAACAAGAAGAAGAAUCAAGUAUAGUUAGUGAACCAACAGAUGAAAAGAUAUGUUACAUUUUCCAUUCUAAAAAAAUGAUGGGUAGAUUCGAUAGUAAUAAAGCAAGAGAUUUAAAAAUUACCAAACAAUCAAAGAUUCAACAAUUGGUCGCACAGAGAAAACCAGUUAUGAAUGAAGAUCGUGAAAAUCCAAGAAUGGUAUAUCCAGAGGAACUACUUACCAAACCAUCACCAGGUACAUCAUUUGCAUAUAUUAAUUGUCCAUCAGAGGAGUAUUUCCAAGAUUUAUUUAAUAAUCCAGCUUGGGAUUCAAUUAAAGAUGGUACAAAACCAUUGACUGCCAUCUAUCAUAAGACUGCACCACAUAUAAUGGAGAAUCCAAAAUAUUUGGAAUUCAUUGAAUCGAUUAGUCAUGUAUCCACCAAAAAUAACUACACCAAAUUCUAUGGAAAACUUAAAGAUAUUAAUGAUGAGGAGAAAUCAAUCACUGAAGAGGAUGGUAGUGUUAUGUAUGGUUCAACUAAACAUAUAUUGUUACAUAAAGAAUUCACAGAAAUUCAAGAUGUCCUUAAACUUUGUGACCUCUUUAGAAGUAGAUUAAAGAUUUUGAUACCCUCAUUAUCAAUCCAUAAAACCGAUUCCCCAAAAUGGGAGCCAACUUCAAUCAAUUCCUUAGAGAAUAUAAAGAAAUCAACCAUUUUCAAUUCAAUCAUUCCAGCUAGAAAUUCAUUUAGAGUCAUAAUGACACCAACACAAUUCCGUGGUGCACCAAUAUUGGCUCAAGAUAUUAUAAGUCACCAAGAUGAAUUACAACUUCAACAUGAUGAUUAUUUCUUGAAAGGUGAGGGUGAAAAACAAACUAAAACAAUGUUGGAUCUCGAUAGACAUUUGGAAUCAUUGGUAAAGAAUAAACCAGCUAGUAAAUAUCCAAAAACUUUAUUCCUUGGUACUGCCUCAUCCGUUCCUUCAGAACAUAGAAAUGUUACAGGUAUUCUCAUUAGUAGUAGUGAGAAUAAUCAUUUCAUAUUGGAUUGUGGUGAAUCAACUCUAAUUCAAAUGGAGAGAUACUUUGGUAGAGUCGAUUUGCAAAAGAUUUUAAUUGACACCAAAAUGAUUUGGAUAUCACAUUUACAUGCUGAUCAUCAUUUGGGUUUAAUAUCAAUUGUCAAAGCAAGGGAUGAAGCAUUGAGCAAAUUAAGUGAAGAAGAGAGAAGUAAACAUUCACCAAUGCUUGUGGUUUCACAUUCAUCCUACAUCAAUUGGAUCACUCAAUAUCGUGAAAGUUUUGAUCCAUCUCUUUCAUUUGUAACUCAAAGCAUUGGUUCGGGUGGUCAAAAUAUGGUACAAGUUUGUGAAACCCUUGGAAUUAGUUCAUUCACAAAUGUACCAGUAAUACAUGCACCAAAUGCCUAUGGUUGUGUCAUUGAUUUCAAUGAUGGCUUUAGAUUAACUUUCUCUGGUGAUACUAGACCUUGCCAACUUUUAGAGAAAGCUGGUGCAGAUUCUGAUCUCUUAAUUCACGAAUCAACCUUUGCCAACGAUGAAAAAGACCAAGCUUACCUAAAACGUCAUUCAACUUUAGAUGAAACUUUAAAUGUAUCCUACAAUAUGAGAGCUAGAAAAACGAUCGUAACUCAUUUCUCACAACGUUAUCAAAAUACAAUUCGUUGUGGUUUUGGUAAAGUACCAUAUGGUGUUGCUUAUGAUUUAAUUAGAUUCUCACCUUAUCAAGCAGAUUUACUCUAUAAUGUAAAGGAUAUAUUGGAUGGUUAUUAUCAAGAAUUAAAUAUUUCAAGAUUAAAAGAAAGAGAAAUUAUCGUUAAUUAUCUUCCAAAAUCAAAAUUCAAAUCACCAUUCUCUCAAGAUAAUAUUAGAUCAGUCAUUAAUGAAUAUAAAAUCGCAAAAGCUGCUAUUAGUCAAAAAGAUAAUGAUAUUAAUUUAAUUUCGGAAAAUGAAUCUAAAGUCUCAUUAUUUGAUGAUACUACUAAACCUCUCAAAUCUAUUAAUGGUUCAUCUUUUACCACCUCCACCACUUCAUUUAACAACAUUUUAACUAAAUCAAAGAAAUUAAACUUUUCAUCUUCAAAAACUGCUUUUUUACAAAAUAUAACACUAAAAUCAAUUUUAAUGUUAAAAAAAUAA